UGACUCUGGUGCCAACCACCAACAGCUUUCAAGUGCAGCCACAAAUCUUGAAAGCCCGGCGACCUCGGUUCCAGGGAGUUACAUGCACCAGCAUCGUUACCCCGCCUCACCACCGACCGCCACGGCUACGGAUUGAGCACUCCUGCAAUCUGCGAUGCCAGAUUUCAAGCUCUCAGCCCAGCUAAAGGGCCAUGACGGCGAUGUCCGCGCAGUGUGCUUCCCCGUGGCGAACACAAUUCUCUCCUCGUCGCGCGAUCAAACAGUCCGGCUCUGGCGCAAAACGGCUGACAAGCCCCCGGCCUUUGAUGCGACAAUAACCAGCCAGGGCCACGGCUACAUCAACUCCCUCACAUACCUCCGCCCUUCUGCGACUUGGCCCCACGGCCUCAUUCUCUCCGCCGGCCAGGAGACCAUCAUCGAAGCGAAGCAACCAACCCACACCGCGACCGACAACGCUGACCGUCUCCUCGUUGGUCACAACCACAAUGUCUGCGCACUCGCCGUGUCGCCCCGCGGGACAUAUGUUGUGUCCGGCGGCUGGGAUGGGAAGGCGCUCGUUUGGAGCGUCGAGAAAUGGCAGGUGACCUCGCAGCUUGUACACCAGGGAGAGGUCAGGAGCGUCUGGGCCGUCCUCGCCUACGACGAGCACACGAUAAUCACAGGUAGCGCCGACACCCAUAUUCGCAUCUUUGACCUCCGCCAAGUCCGCCAUGAUAAUGAGGUGGAGCCACGACGCACUCUCAGCACCAACUCUGUGGUGCGGGCGUUGUGUAAGCUCCCUAGCGGCCUCAAAGGGCACCCGAGCGGGGCCGAUUUUGCAAGCGCUGGUAACGAUGGCAUUAUCCAGCUCUGGAAGAUGAAUGGCACACAGGUCGGUGCGCUGCAGGGCCAUGAUAGCUUCAUCUACUCUCUUGCUUGUCUGCCCUCCAGCGAGAUUGUCAGCGCAGGGGAGGACCGGACAGUGCGCAUUUGGAGGGGUUCGGAGUGCAUCCAGACGAUAACACACCCUGCUAUUUCUGUGUGGUCCGUGGCCGUGUGCCCCGAAAACGGAGAUAUCGUUUCCGGCGCCAGCGACAACGUGGUGCGCGUCUUCACUCGGAAUGCCGACCGAACGGCGUCCCCUGAGACGCUGUCAGCGUUCGAGGAGUCAGUUCGAGAGUCUGCAAUCCCGCAACAGCAGCUCGGCCAGACCAUCAACAAGGAGCGGUUGAACCCUAAAUCCUGGCUUCUCAACAAUGCGGGCAAGAAGGACGGGCAAGUGACGACGGUCCUGGAAGACGACGGCACUAUCGGGGCCUAUCAAUGGUCACUGGGUGAGCAGCGGUGGGUGCACGUCGGAACGGUGGUCGACUCGAGCGGAAGCAGUGGGCGAAAAGUCCAGUACAACGGCAAGGAAUACGACUACGUCUUCGAUGUCGACAUCGAAGAGGGCAAGCCGCCCCUCAAGCUGCCAUACAAUCUUUCUCAGAAUCCCUACGAGGCGGCAACGAAGUUCCUUGGAGAUAACGAGUUGCCAAUAUCCUACAUUGACGAGGUCGCAAAAUUCAUCAUCAAGAACACGCAGGGCGCGAGCAUCGGCCAGAGCACGGAGGCCCCUUCUGCAGACCCCUACGGCACUGACUCGCGGUACACUCCCGAUCAAGCGGCGCAGCCGAAAAAGUACCUACCGCACACAGAUUACCUCUCGCUAACCCAAGCCAAGUGGGAGCCCGUUCUGAAGAAGCUUAAGAGCCUCAACGAGAAGCACAUCAUGGCUGGAAACAAGCAUAUUGCCCUAAACCCCGACAGUCUAAGCCGCCUCGAAACAGUCCUACAGGCAACGAUGGGCACAGCGAGCCAGAAGACGGGGGCUCCCCCGGCACUUCUCGAGGUCCAGCGUAGCGUGUACUCGCUCAUUACGCAGUGGCCCUACGGCGACCGGCUCCCUGCGCUCGACGCCCUUCGUUGCUUCGUUGCGCUGCCGGGCUCAGCGACGCUCAAUGACACCAAGUUCGGCAGCGUGGUGGAUGUCGCCCUGAAGGGCGCCCUCGACACAGAGGACCCCGUGUAUCCCAGCGACGAGCCCCUGGCCGAGUUCAUCAAGAAGUUCGACGCCUCGAAACCUAGCGCGAACAACCUCAUGAUGGCCCUCCGCACCGUCACCAAUCUCUUCGCAACCGCCGAAGGUCGCGCCGUCGUCGCCGCGGAAGCCCCCGCCGUGAUCAGCCUGCUGGCCCGCAUCGCGGGCGUCGAAGGCGACCCCAUCGGCGUGGACAACAACAACCUGCAGAUAGCCCUUACGUCGGCGGCCUUCAACUUCGCCUGCCUCGCGUUCAACCAGAAGCAGCAGCAGCAGCCGACCGCCGCCGCCGCCGCCGCCAUUGACCUCGAGCAGCUCAUGCUUCUGUGCCAGGUCGCCGAGGCCGUCGUCCGCCGCCAGAGCGAGCCGGAGGUGCUCUUCCGCGCGCUCAUGACGCUGGGCAUGGUGCUGGUUACCGGCGCCGAGGCGCGGGAGCUCGCCCGCACGCUGGAACUGGGCGACCCGGUCGGCGAGGCGGCGAAAAAGGCCGGCGAGGCGAGGAUCAAGGCCGUUGCGCAGGAGUGUUUGGCGCUUUUGAGGGGGUGAGAGGGAUUCCUAAUUGAGGGGGUGGUGCUGAUGGACUGGAAAGGGGGUGGGAUGUG